AUGGCUGAUGACUUUGGCUUCUUCUCGUCGUCGGAGAGCGGGGCCCCCGAAGCGGCCGAGGAGGACCCGGCGGCUGCCUUCCUGGCCCAGCAGGAGAGUGAGAUUGCGGGCAUUGAGAAUGACGAGGGCUUCGGGGCACCUGCCGGCAGCCAGGGGGGCCUCGCGCAGCCGGGACCCGCGAGUGGGGGUUCUGAGGACAUGGGGACCACGGUCAAUGGAGAUGUGUUUCAGGAGGCCAACGGUCCAGCGGACGGCUAUGCCGCGAUCGCCCAGGCGGACAGGCUGACUCAGGAACCCGAGAGCAUCCGCAAGUGGAGAGAGGAGCAGCGGAAACGGCUGCAGGAGCUGGAUGCUGCCUCCAAAGUGAUGGAGCAGGAGUGGCGGGAGAAGGCCAAGAAGGACCUGGAGGAAUGGAACCAGCGCCAGAGUGAACAAGUCGAGAAGAACAAGAUCAACAACCGGAUCGCUGACAAAGCAUUCUACCAGCAGCCAGAUGCUGACAUCAUCGGCUACGUGGCAUCUGAGGAGGCUUUUGUGAAGGAAUCCAAGGAGGAGACCCCGGGCACAGAGUGGGAGAAGGUGGCCCAACUGUGUGACUUCAACCCCAAGAGCAGCAAGCAGUGCAAAGACGUGUCCCGCCUGCGCUCGGUGCUCAUGUCCCUGAAGCAGACACCGCUGUCCCGCUAG